CCUGCAUAAACCGGCUAGUCAUAAGACUAUCAUAAUGACCGUACAGUUUGUCGGUUUACAGAUCAGAAAAUGAAGAAACAUUGCUGUGACCAGAAGAAAAGAUUUUAAACAAGAAUAACUACUGUAUUCCAAUUUAGAUUCAAAGCAAUGGCGAAAUCCAAUUUAAACAAUUAUGCACAGAAAGACAAAUUCAAAUCUAUACAGCCUAAUACCGAUUAUUCAAUGUAUCUUCCGAGGAACUCAAAAUACAGGAAAGUGUUGUAUACACUUAUUUCUGACACUGAAGACCAAAGAGAUCAACUGCGGAGAGAACUACCGAAACGAUGGGGUGUACCUUCACCGGAGUCAGUCAUAGCGAUCACAGGAAUACAUCAUCAGUUCAACUUAAAAGACAAGAACAAUUUGAAACACAUGUUGAUCGAGGCUGUCAAAAGCACUGAUUCUUGGAUUGUUACUUGUGGUACAGAAUCAGGAGUAGUCAAUUUCAUCGAGGAAGCGGUAAACGAACAUUCAACUUUAGAAAAAUACAACAUUCCUAUUGUUGGACUUAUGUCAGAGAGAGUAAUAAAUGAGAUUAAACCUCUUGGUAAACAUGUAAAGGUUGAAAAAAUCAUCAAAGAAACAGUCAAAAGUGUUAGAACUCCUAUUUGGUCAACAAAGGAGACAUUAGAUCCAAACCAUACCCAGUUUAUUGUCGUGAAAGAUUCCUUUGAAAAAAACUCCAAACGUAGUGCUUCAUCUGAAUGUAGAGAGGCUUUUGAAAGUUUCUUGUCGAAUAUUAAUGACACAGAUUGCAAACAUGCUCAGUAUGAAACCAAUGCAAUAUUGCCUAUUGUCUUGGUACUACUAGAAGGAGGUAUUGACGCACUGAAAACAACCUGGAGUGUACUGAAAAAUAACAACCCUGUUGUUGUCAUUGAGGGUUCUGGUGGAGCAGCAGAUUUUCUCUCAAUGUGUCAUCAAGAACACAAUAGGAAGACUGACAGUGAACAAGUAAAGCUGUCAGAAUACGUUGAAAAUUUACACAAAUUAAUAAGGAAAUGCUUUGAAGAUAAAUCCUAUGAGAUGAAAAAAGAGGCAACUAAGUGGGCAACGGAGUGUUUGACGAAACAUGAAUUGGUAUGA